AUGGCUGUUCCACCAGAGUGCAACCAGGAAUGGUUCGAGCUCGUACCAAACCUACUUUCCUCCCAGGGCUGGGAGGUUGCUAUAGACAAGGGGCGAAGUUCCCUGUCGCAUCGCGAGUGCCCCUGGGGGGGUCACAUCAUCAAGUGCUCCAUGGAAGAUGUUGUUGUGAACAAUCCUCCAGAAGAUCCGAGUUGCAUGUUCAUCCGGCCAGAGACGCGAGAACGCUACCAGGCACGUUGUGGAGAACGUUUCGGUCGGAUCGAGCUGUUGGAGAUUUUGGCCCCUGGAGAGGCGGUCAUGAAGCGCUUCUCCUGCUUUGGAUUGCUUCGCCUUCUCACCGUCUUGUUCGGAAGGCUUGCCAGACCUUACUUGGAGUUCUCCUUCGUAGGUGGUGAUGGGAUAUGUACAGCGUUGCAGAAGAUCACUCGCGACUACCCCAAGAAAGGAGACUGCAGCACCGGCCUCUUCCACUACACCGGCGAGCCACCGGAAGGUUUGCUGCACUGUCGCCCGCAAGAAGACGGAAAAUUCCACAUUUCCGGAAUCUUCACGGUGUCGGCGGACAAGUUUGCACGCUGGGCCACGAACUACUUCGGGCUGAUGAUCGAGUCAUGCAGGAGGACGUGCCAGUGGUGGCUCAAUCGCCCAGGGGUUGAAGAGCUACGCAGCCUUGAUCAGCAAGCCUAUGUGACCCUGACAAUUCAGUCCUGGCAACGCGGCUUUCCGUUCCUGCCCAACCAGGCGGAUUCAACAGAGUCCACAGUGACCAUCGCAGCUGGUGAGGCGCUUGGCCUCCCUGUAUGGACUCGCUUCGACCCGAGCUGGGACGGUGACGACAAGUUCCGUUUCUCCACAUACCUCCAGCAUUUCCUGCGCAGCUUGGAUAUCCCUGUUGUGGUUUACGACCGACUGGAUGGACGCCUGGUGGUUCCAUAUCAAUGCCUCGUGCGGAGUGAAGAGUGGAGGGAGAUCCGGCCCCGCUUUGUGCAGGCCUUCUCCUUGCAGAAGACUGCAUAUCGCCAUGCCAAUGGUGGCACCACAGCACCCAAUGUCCAUGAAAACUCGAAGCCAAGGUUUAUUCCUCGCUCGGGCUGUGAGGCCUUGAACAGACGAAUUGAGCGGGCCCAGAGAAGGUCACGUCAGCACAACGUGGUCGUGAGGCACACAUUUGUGGAGGUUCAGUCACGGUCUGACGAGGACCACGAGGACCAUGAUGUCCAGCCGGUGGAAGAAAGACACCAGCGCAGAGCGAAGACUGAUUCCACACUGCACACCAGGGAUGACCUCUUGCUCGCGCAUUGA